AUGGAUUAUAGAAAUAAGAAAUAUUUGUGUAGAGACAUGAAAGAGAAAAGCUUUCUAAUAAAAACUACUUCAGAGCUCAUGAAUAAAGAGCAAAAACUCAAAUUAAGCUUCACUCGCAAUAUAUUUCAACACAAACCUAUUUCUAAAAAGGCUUUAGAUUAUAUGAUCACUCAUAAAAUUGCUUGUGAUAUAUCUGCUUUUCAAAGUAAUGAGGAUAUUUUAUUAAGCUAUUUCAACAAAGUAAAUAUAUCUGAAAACAUCAAAUUAUACAGCAAAUAUUUCCAAGAGUUUUUAACAGAAAAACAAUUAGAAAAGCUAUAUAAAGUUGUGCUUUCCUCAAAACAAUUUCCUGAGCUACAGAUAGCAGCAAGCAACGCCAUCACAAUUCUAAAUUACUCAAACUAUAAUUUCAAAAAUAAAUCCUUAAAUGGGAUUAAAGUCCCAAAAUCAGAUUUAUCAGGAUGCAAUUUUAUUAAUGUCGACCUAGGAGAUAGUGAUUUAAGCAGGUGUAACUUAAGUAACUCUUAUUUUUAUUACUCAAAUUUGGAAAACUGCAAUCUUUCUAAAGCUCAAUUUGGGAAAUUAAAAUCAUUAAAAACAGUGGCAGAUUAUUUUGAUAUUUUAUUUUCUCCUUCAGGAAAAUAUUUUGCGUGCUCUACAAAAGUUUCUAUUUGGGAGACAAAAACGUGAAAGAGGAUAUUGAUAAUUGAUGGUUGAAUGAGUAAGGGCAUUGCUUUUUCUCCAUGUGAAAAGUAUAUUGCGGUAGGGACUGAAGUUUCUGAAGUUUGCAUUUGGAAUAUAGAAAGGAAACGUCAAGUAUUAGUAUUUACGAUUGAUAAUUUGGUAGAUAUUGCUUAUUCGCCUUGCGGGAAUUUUUUAUUAGCAAUUUCUGAUGGAAAAGGAUGCUUGGUAGAUUUACAAACAAGAGAGCCAGAAUAUUAUUCAAAUAACCAUAUUGACUUUGCUUUAUUUUCAAAAUGUGGAAAAAUUAUAAUAGAAGUGUUAAACUGCGAAGUUUGAUUAUACGAAAUUAAAAAUUUUAAUCUAAUUGGAAAAACAAGAACUGGGGGGAGCACAAGGUGUUCAUGCUUAAGUGAUAAUAUUUUGAUUUUAGGCGACAGUAAUGGAGUAUUAUAUGUUUGAAAUAUGAAAUUAGAUAAUAAAAUAGCAAUAAAGGCUCACAUAAAUGCUGCUAUAACAUCAAUUUCUACAGACUCUACUAAAGGUUUGGCUGCAACGUCAUCUUUUGAUAGAUCAAUAAAAUUAUGAGACAUAAAUACCCAAACUCUUGUAUAUCAAUAUCAUUGUAGCUAUUUUUCAAAAUUUAUCAGAUGCGUCCUGUCUUCAAACCUAGGACUACUAGCAAUAUCUCAUGGAAGCGAGAUCUUGCUUCAUGAUUAUCACUCAUUAAUUAAAGCAAAACCAUUUAUAGGGACUUCCUCAUUAGUUGAAUAUAUUUCAGUUUCCCAUGAUGAAAAAAUUAUUACAUCAAUAGACAAAAACAAUGAGACAAUUGAGUGAGAUAUUGAAAAAGAUUGAAAAAUAAAUAGGUAUACUAAAAAGUAUGAAUUUUGAAGUAACUGAACUUAUAGAAACAGACUAAAAGCAACAACAAAUUAUGAAAAGAUUUUGCUGACCCCCCCUCGUGAGUGAACAAAAAAAUUUUGUUCACUCACGGAGGAGGGUUAAUUUUCUUUUUUUUAAAAAAAUUUAUAUAUAAAUUUUAUAAAAAAUUUUUUUUUUCGAAAUUUUUAAAAAAUCCCUAAUUUGCAAAAAUUGGGAAGCAAAUAUUGAUUUAAUUUAUUAAAUUUAUGUUUUAAAAACGCAAUGUGUUUAAAAUUAAACAGAAUUAGCUCGAGAUUUCAUUAUACUAAUUAUCACUUAUAUAUCAAUUUCUUUUUCAUAAAAAAAAAAUUUUUUCUAUUAAAAAAAUUUUUGUUUCACUCACGGAGGGUUUUUGGGCAAAAAAUAGGGAUUUUUCUAAUGGUUUUGUUCACUCACGGAGAGGGGGGAGUGAGAAAAUUAAGAUCUCGAGUAACCUUAUUCACUAUUUCUCCUUGCGGGAGAUUUUUUGCUUACAACUACAGAGGGUCAAUAAUCUAUAUUUUCGAUAUUAUUUUAGGUCCGAGCAUUCAAACGAUAAAUUGUGAGGAGUAUGUGACUGGAUUUUUACUAUCUCAUAAUGGUAGGUAUUUACUUACAGCUCACAGAAUGAAAGGGCUUGCCAUUUUGUGAGACAUUAAAUCUGGUAUGAAAAUAAAUGAAACCAAGCUCUCACCAAAUUGAAAUGUUUUAGUUGCUUCUGAGUGUGCAACAAUCAUAGCUUUCAGUUACGAUAGCGAUGUGAGUCUUAUUAAAACAGAAAAUUCUGAAUAUAUUGAAAGAUUGAAAGGACUUCAUGACUAUGUCAGUACCAUUUUGUUUUUUCCAUUUAGCAGCAGAUAUCUAGCUGCCACUGGACAAAAAGAUAAAAGAAUCCUUGUAUGGGAUGUCGAAACUACAGGCAUUAUUUUAGUAUUAAAUGGACAUUUAGGAGAAAUCAAUUAUCUUACGUUUUAUUUAAACGGAAAUUUCUUAAUUUCUGCAAGCAGUGAUAUGACCCUAAAAGUAUGGAAUAUUGAUGCAGAAUCAGAUAAAGAUUUGAUUCAUUGAUCUUCAAUGAGUAAUGAAUUUUCAGCUUAUAAAACAAGCUUUAAAAAUGCCGCUUUAAGCAAGGACAAUCAAAAUUUAAUAGACUCUUUAUCACAGACUUGGGAUAAUUAA